GACCCACAAACAAGCUAGCUAGAAUCACACACAAAGUGACAAAAAAUAAAACACUCCGAGAAUAUGAAAAUCUGGUGAUGGUCGUACUCCGCACCGGCUUUUAUCAGUAGUAUCAAUUUGAUUACUGUAUUCACUUUUUAAUGUUAAAUAUAGCAACCCAUCCAUAUUUUAAUAUGAAAACUGUUUUACUUUUGAUUCCCCUGUAUUGAGGUUGUGAAUAUUCGGAAUCGAAUCAUGUGCAAGUUGCAUUCCCUAGCAUGAUUUAUGUUGGGUUUUCCUUGUGGACAUCUUCCUGCAAUUUUUUCAAACCACGAGGUCGACUUCUCGCGAUUCUUUGACCCGGAAUUAUAUAAUAAUAUAAAUCCGCCCAUCUCUACCUUGGAUGACUUAUUGCGAGUGAACGUGGGAAACUGUAAAAGAAGCAACUGUAUCUCAGGGAAUCCGCAUCCAAGGUUUCCGAUUCUGAAAGCUCUUUAUAGCUUAUAUGAUUGAUUCGUUACACGGCUUACAUUAUCACCCUCUGUAUCCAAACUGCUCUCUCUAGGUUCUCUGUGUUGCCACUCUCUUGUCCGUUUCUCCCGGUUUUGCACGUAGUAUGGAAACUUCCUACCUAAGAAUCUGAGGUUGUGAAUUUGUGAUCGUGAUUGUGAUGCGUGAUGCGUGCGGAGGAUUUCUUUGGCCUACUUUGGUGUCCCAUGUAGUGGGGUUUGCAUCGGGUUUUGAUCGGAUUUUUCUAGGAGGGUCUCCCUGCUGGAUUUUCAUUGAAUACCUCCUCAAUUACUCCAACUGAGAGGAUUAUACAUCUGGGGAUUUGAAAAUGUAUUUGGUGGAGAGCAAAGGAGGUGCCAUCCUAUGCAUGCUGAUUUCCUUGAUGUUCUUGGGCACAUGGCCUGCUGUUAUGACUCUCCUGGAAAGACGUGGUCGUCUUCCUCAACAUACUUACCUUGACUACUCGAUCACAAAUCUCUUGGCUGCUGUCAUUAUUGCUUUAACAUUUGGGGAGAUAGGCAAGAGCACACCUGCUUCGCCCAAUUUUUUUGUUCAACUUUCUCAGAAUAACUGGCCCUCUGUUUUGUUUGCAAUGGCGGGUGGGGUGGUGCUCAGCAUUGGCAACCUAUCUACUCAGUAUGCUUGGGCUUUUGUUGGUUUAUCAGUGACUGAAGUGAUCACUUCAAGCAUCACUGUGGUUAUAGGCACAACCUUGAAUUACUUUUUGGAUGACAAAAUCAAUAAAGCUGAGAUUCUUUUCCCUGGUGUUGGUUGCUUCUUGACUGCGGUUUGUCUUGGCUCUUUUCUUCAUGCAUCCAAUGCAGCUGAUAAUAAAAAAAAGCUUGAAAGUUUGUCAAGUGAUUAUACAGUUGGAGCCGAGGCUGCAGAUGUUUCCACGUCUAAAGAAACAGUUACAAACAAUGGUAAGGACCUCGAAAAUGGAAGUUAUUCUGCAGAGAAAGCCAAAGCUGGGACUGCAGGUUUUCUCAUAGCACUUGAGAACAGAAGAGCAAUUAAGGUGUUUGGGAAGAGCACCUUGAUUGGACUGACCAUAACUUUCUUUGCUGGUGGCUGCUUCUCUCUAUUCACACCAGCAUUCAAUUUGGCAACAAAUGAUCAAUGGGACACUUUAAAGGAAGGGGUUCCUCACUUGUCUGUCUAUACAGCAUUUUUCUACUUCUCAGUCUCCUGUUUUGUCCUUGCCAUCAUUCUGAACAUCACCUUCCUUUACCACCCUGUACUAAAUUUACCCAGAUCAUCACUUAAGGCUUAUGUGAGAGACUGGAAUGGCCGAGGCUGGGCCUUUUUGGCUGGAUUUUUGUGUGGGUUUGGCAAUGGUCUCCAAUUUAUGGGAGGUCAAGCUGCAGGAUAUGCAGCAGCAGAUGCUGUUCAGGCACUUCCACUUGUGAGCACCUUUUGGGGAAUACUUAUCUUUGGAGAGUAUCGGAAAUCAUCAGGAAGGACAUAUGUAUUACUUGUCAGUAUGUUGUUUAUGUUUAUUGUAGCUGUUGGAGUUCUUAUGGGAUCAUCAGGGCAUCGAAAAUAAGUAGGCUGCCGGAAGGGCAUUGCUAGAAAUUCCACCUUCUUAAAAUUAAUUGCACUCCUCUGGUAUUUCUGGUUGAUGCAUUGCUAUGGUGACGGACGCUGGUUGAUCUUGUGAAUGUCCAUCUAUUCUGAUCAAUAUUGGCUUCUGCUGUCCAUUUUGAGUGUUGAGACAGCAUGUAUCUUUUAGGGAUAUGCAUAAUAAUUACACUGUA